AUGGCAGUCGACCAGGGGAAUUCUGUGUACAUCACAGGUCUGGCUCAUGAGUACCCUCCUCAUUCACAGACACAAGAGCAGUUCGCAGCUCUCAUCACGCGGUUGGUUCCUGCGCACAUCACAUCGCCAGGGUUCCAGAGGUUAUUACAUAUAAGUCGCAACACAAGAAUCAUCUCCCGCCCAACAAUAUUCGACUACAGCACAUGGACCAAGGAUGAUGCAACACCUCCAACUAUCGACGAGCUGUCCCAAGUUUUUCGAACAACGGGUGUGGACCUCACCGUAGCAGCAUGCAAUAAAGCAAUGGAGGAGGCACGCGUUGCGACCGGAGACAUUACACAUGUUGUGGCAGUCACCUGUACCGAUCAAGGUAGCCCAGGAUAUGACCUCUUCGUCAACCAGAAGCUCCAGCUACCUUCCAGUGUGCAAAGAACACUGAUAAACGGUGUCGGCUGUGCUGGCGGUCUCUCUGCUCUAAGAGAGGCUGCAAAUCUUGCUGCAGCCGCGUCGUCAAGAUCAAAACCAGCUCGAAUUUUGGUCUUCGCAACUGAGCUCUGCAGUCUGUUCUUGAGAGCAGAGCUGCAGGCUGCUUGCAAAGACAACGAGAAUCUACACAUCGCCCCAGCUCUGUUCUCAGAUGGUUCGGCGGCGUUGGUAGUUUGCAACGGACUAGCCAUGACGAACGAGCAGAAACCGGUGUACGAGCUGCAGGAGUGGGCCAGUGCACUGAUUCCUGGUACGGAAGAUCACAUGUCGUAUUCCGUUAGCCCGACUGGCAUGAUAGCUACCAUUACCAAGGAGGUGCCAAAAGCCACAGUCGGUGCUAUAAGCCGCAUGUUUGACCAGAUCUGCAAAUCGGACAAUGGACCCCUCGACUCAACGACUUUCGAUUGGGCUGUGCAUCCGGGCGGUCUCUCGAUCCUUAAAGGCGCGCAGCAGGCAAUGAAUCUCACCGACGAGCACAUUCGAGCAUCCCUCGAUGUGUACCAGAAGAACGGAAAUUCUUCAAGUCCAACAGUCCUCAUCGUCCUGGAUGAGUUGAGGAGAAUGGGGAAAGGGCGAGAUGAUGUAGUAGCCACCAGCUUUGGGCCUGGUUUAAUGAUUGAGAUGUUCCGCAUGAGGCGGUGUCGAGAUGUUGAAUCUCGGCAGGCUUUGAGUCCAGGUGUACUGGCUAAAGCUCAUAGACUGGGGAUGUCGGUGGUCUCGAGGCUUACGAGAUCUGGCAAGAGGACCCUGGCAGUACAUAGAUUGAAGGCCAGUAAAGCAGCCUAG